UUGACCAACAGCAAAUACCGCCAGCCGCAAGCUUAUUUUCACCUAUGUCGCCAUAGUCUGACUGCAUAUACGCCGCAGCUCGACAGACAUCACAGUCAGCAUACCCCGCCUCUCCAGGUAUAUAGCGUGUUCGUGUUGAACUAAUCGAAUACGUCUUUCUUCCCUCUUUCCAAUGGAUCUUUUUACCCUCUCCUCCCUAUCUUGCAAGAGAGGGUAUCUCCAGGAUGAAGUUUGGUGCUCUUUUCUCGCUGGCGGCGAGCAUUCUCUCCCUUUCGCAUCUCGUCUUUUCGGAGCCAAUUCAAUAUUGCAAAUAUGGCGCCGAGACCAACGAGAUUGACUUUUGCAUGAGCCUGUUGACGCACUACAAUGCCUCGACUAGUGCCCACGAUCUUUUCCUGACCAUGAGUGUCACUCGCCCGAAUAGUACGGCUAUCGGAUGGACUGCCAUAGGCCUAGGCGAAGUUAUGGAAGGGGCUCUGAUGUUCAUUAUCUAUGGUGACCCGUUAGCAUCUAAGCAGCCCGUCAUCAGCAUCCGCAAAUCCAUCGGCCAUGUACAACCAACGCUCAUUACAGACGAGGACAUGAAAAAGGGGGCCGACCUCCGUCUUUUGCGUGCUGAUUGGCAAGAAUCUCCUUCGGACCCACGCACGGUAUCGGCAGUGACUUCUCUCAUCUGUUAUUCAUGCCAUCUGUUUCCCGGAACAGAAAUCUCCUCCACAUCGAAGUCCCAGCCGUGGCUGUGGGCAUGGAAUAACAAGCAAGAAUUCGACGAUUUCCCAUACGACGCCCAUCUGAAAAUGCAUGCCCAUCACGCAGGCGCAGGUGGAUGGGGGAACUUCUAUGUCGACAUGUCGCGGUCCUUGAACACAUGGGAAAGUCCACCAAGUCCGCCUUCAAUCAUAUACGGGAUACAGGCCAUAGGCGUCAGCGAGAGUCCCAGCAGGUCAGCCGCCUACGGGAUCGCGUGGCUCAAGAACAACCCUAUACUUCACGUUCAUGGGAUACUUAUGGGAAUUGCCUUCCUGUUCGUCUUCCCUCUCGGAGUAUUGGCUAUGCGGUCUGGUCGCAUGAAGGCAUUCAAGUACCAUUGGGUGCUGCAGCUUGUCGCAUCUGGGUUCACAGUCGCUGGUUUUGUGUUGGGGCUCGUUCUCGGGCGCAAGAUCGAUACCUUCCAUCAAAUACUUGGCAUCACACUCGUAGCCUGCCUCGGACUCCAGAGCAUUCUCGGCUGGCGGCACCAUAUGGUCUUCAUCCGCCUCCGUCGCCGUACUUGGCUUUCCCAUUCUCACAUCUAUCUUGGGAGAUUCAUGAUGGUUGGGGGUUGGACCAACCUUGUCACUGGCCUCAUCCUUCGUGGAUAUUCCCGUCUGAGUGUCGGAAUAAUGGGUCUUAUAGUAGGCUCGGAAGCAGUGGGGCUCACAGCUUGGUUAACAUGGAAAAGAAUCCAGGCUGCUCGUGCUGAAAGAAUGAACAAGCCUAACCUAGUGGGACACAAGGAUGAUGUGACCAACUACUUUGCUUUGGAUGACCUAGAUGAUGAUGAAGAGGAGGAGGAAGAAGAUGCUUCGUCUUCGGAAACCCUGCAAGAUGAGGAGUCCAAACCUAUGAUGGGGAAACCCGAGAAGGCGUAACUAUUAUACGCGGAGAGCAAUACAUGAGCAUGACUGUCUCUAUACCAUAAAUUACCUACCUAGUAGAUAAAGGCCAGAAUGCAGCGCUGUAAAUUGGAAGUUGUUCUUCUUUUAUAAAGGUGCAGUAUUUUUGAGUUCUUGGGGGUCUAACAGUGAAAGUCGCCUGUAAAUAUGGGUCUGCGCUAACGGGUCGUGCCGUUCUAGGUACCGGCUCGAUUCUUUUUUAGGCUCAUAGACCCUAGGAUAUAGCCCGAAGGUCUCCGGUAAGCACCUAAGUAAGCACCGAUUUUUCUCAGUAAAACGAAUUUGGUGGAAAACGUUUCCUCGGAACCGAGAUGUUCCAUUUUCUUCAUAGAACAAAUUCUACAAUUCAUUUUCCAGGGAGCGUAAGGAAUGAUGAGUGUAACAAACCCCUUCAAUAUCGCUCAAAUUGACACGAUCCUAAUGUGUGAUGGAGUAUUUUGAGAUCGAG